AUGGCCGCCGACGAGCUGCCGUCCGUCGCCGUCCCCGGGCACGUCCUCGGCCCUGCCUCGAGAUACACCCCCGGCCCGGGCACGCACACGCACCAAGGCAACGUCGUCUCCUCGCUCCUCGGCCGAGUCCACGUCGCGGCGCCCGCCAAGGCCCCCGGCCCUGCGAAGCGGCUCAACAAGAUCACCGCCGCCGCGGCGGAGGAGCUGCCCACCGUCUCCGUCGCCAGGCACGGCCGCAGGCGCGAGAUCCUGCCCGACGUGAACAACGUGGUCCUGGCGCGGGUGGUGCGCCUGAUGCCCAAGCAGGCCAUUGUCGUGAUUCAGCAGGUGGGCGAUACCGUUCUCCAGACCGAGUGGCAGGGCGUGAUUCGCGUCCAGGACGUGCGCGCCACGGAGAAGGACAAGGUCAAGAUGUACGAGUCGUUUAAGCCGGGCGACAUUGUCAAGGCCCAGGUGAUUUCGCUGGGAGACCAGGCGAAUUAUUACUUGUCCACGGCGUCCAACGAGCUGGGCGUCAUUAUGGCGGCGAGCGAGGCCGGCAACGACAUGGUGCCCGUGAGCUGGAAGGAGUACCGGGAUCCUGAGACGGGGUUGACCGAGCCGAGGAAGGUGGCGAAGCCUAGCUGA